GACCCAGCUUCGGCUCGCCCUCCGGCCACUUCUCCCCUUUUGUCUCCGGAGUGUCUCCACGAGGGAGGCGGAGCCUCGGCGGUAACUUUGGGCUCCCCCUCCCCCCAAAAAACCCACCUUUUGUUGUCAGCUGGGCGUGACGUCAGAGGCCGCCGCUGCGCCAGGCAAGGUUGGUGUCCACAUGUGACCAGCUGAAACUAGUUUGGAAGACACAAAGGGAAAGGAGAAGGGAGAUAAGGGAGCAAGAUAGCAGGGCAGGCGGUGAAGCGGAGCCAGCCGAGCGGCCGGGAAGCACGAGGCAUCCUUCCGCGGAGAGACCGACCAAGGACCGCGCGCCACUUCAGCCCUCAAGCAUCCCAUCCAUCCAUCCACACAGCCAGCCAGAAUGCAGGCCCGUGGACUCUUUCUCCUUCUGGUUUUUAUUCUUCUGGCUGUAUCUUCAGAAGCAGGCAAGAAUAAGAAGGACAAGGUCAAGAAAAAUGGUUCCGAUUGUGAGGAAUGGCGCUGGGGCCCAUGUAUCCCCAACAGCAAGGACUGUGGUGUGGGCUUCCGCGAUGGAACAUGUCAUGACGAGACCAAGAAGCUCAAAUGCAAGAUUCCAUGCAACUGGAAGAAGGAGUUUGGAGCUGAUUGCAAGUACAAGUUUGAGAACUGGGGUGGCUGUGACCCUGAAACAGGUCUGAAGGCCCGUUCAGGUACUCUGAAGAAAGCUCUUUACAAUGCCGAGUGCCAGGAAACUAUUCAAGUGACUAAGCCCUGCUCUCCCAAGACCAAGUCAAAAUCCAAAGCCAGGAAAGGAAAGGGGAAAGACUAGUAUGAUGGAUACAGCUCCACCGUCUUCAGGGCAUGGUGCCUGAACCCACUUGGACACACGCCACUUGAAGCUGCAGCUUGGCCCCUCCCAGCUUGGCAAUACUUUGCCAAAUCCCAUUAUUCUCCAGCCUGCACAGCCUUAUCUUUAACUGCAAUAAAUACCAUUUCUAAUCAUUAGUUUUAUAGUGAGCAAGCUCACCCUUUCCUAAAGGAGGUGUUGCUUGCCUUUCCCUUAACCUCUUCUACCUCUUGCCCUCUCUGUGUGUCCCCAGUAUCCUUCGCUCUGGUUUGCUUCCCUGAAUGCAGCACAAUGUUUGGAAAUGGGCCUAUUGCAACAGGGUCUUGCUAAAGCUUUCCACCUCUGGGGUUAUUUGUCCAAGGCUUUUUUUGCAGUCUCUCGCAAUCUUAGCAAUGCCUGUGGUUGGUCCAUGUAGCUUCAUCCGGUCAUAAACCAAACCUUCCUUUAAGGCGCCCAAGGAAGCCCUUUCAGGGAAUGAGAGAGGAUGUGAGAGAAAUUACAGUAGAAAUGGGAUGAGGAAUCUUAUCUGCCUUACCUCUCUAAAAGAGGCACUGUAGGAAAAGACAAGCCUCUUUGGUAUCGCUUUGCACUCCCUUUCCCACAGAAGAAGUGCCUACUUCCUGGCAUGCGCACACCUUCCCCUUACCCAUCUCUAAUGCACGUAUGUUUCUUGAUAGGCAGCCUUCCCAACUGAGGAGCAGCACAGCCAGUUAACCUCUAUGAGCUGUGCUUGCUUCCUCUCUCUGCCCACAAGGCACUCCUUGCCUUCCUUUUGGCAUCAGGAAAGGAUCCCUCAGAGCCAAUGAAACUGGUUCCCUGUCUCAGUCCCCUUUGUCUGUCCUCCUGCUGGGAUGCUGUGGCCUUUCCUUUACUGGUGCUGGGUAAGCCCUCUGCUUUUCACAGUUUCCCCCCCUUUUUCCAAUAAAGAUCUUUU